UAUAUCAAACAACCCUGCUUUCAUUCUAGGUGGUCCCAAGGACUUCUCUUCCACCAAGGAGCUGUCGAUUGCGCCCGAGCCGCCCUUCUCCUCCCACUAGGCAUAUCCAUAUUCCACUGCCAACCAGUACAGAAGUGUUCGCUCGUCGAAACCGCUUUUCUGCUACUCGUCACCGUCGCAACCGUUAACAUGCUCACCACCGUUUUAAACGACUCUCCAGUUUUUCCAGACGAUGACGAUUCUGACGUCAGCGCCAUGUCCGACGUCCCUCUACUGAUGGACUCACCCCAAUGUGUGUUAUUUGGCACUUUCAUGAUCUGGUUCGCGUCGAUAACCAUCAACUUGGGACCGACGUUCUUAUCGGGUGCAUUAGCAGCACAAGGCGAAGGAGGCCACAAAGCACCUUCUUGUCCUCUCAUUCAUGGACCGUUAAGGCACUACAUCCUCAAUGCCCUCUGGAUAGCAGUUAACUUGGUAUGCGUCUUUCUGACCCUGUUUCAUUUACGAAAACUACACAGGGACCUAACUAAGGCAAAUGUGGAAGCCGUCAGGGUAGCGGGGCUUGUUACGACGCUUGUCAACGUCACAGGAGGUCCGGGAGCGCACAUGAACGCUAACGGAGAGAGGGCCUCGGGUGCUCUCGAAGAACACCGCAGAAUGCGAGAAUACUUGAGGAUGAUGGAGCGAGAUGGAGUGCAACGUGUAAAAAUGUUCCUAGUCAUAACUGCUGCCUACAUCCUAUUUUGGGGGCCUCUAUUUUUCGUAACACUAGUAAACCAUCCCAUAGUCGGUAGUCCUUUGGGUCACGAAAUCGGGGACGGCGAGGCGGCGGUGGGCGUCGGUAGCGUGCUGCAGUCAGAUGCCACCCGUGUAAAUAAUGGUCCCAAGUUACUAUAA